CUUCCGGCCGCGAGAGGCGUGCCCAGGGUCCGGAGCCUGGAAUACAGUUCCGCGCGGCACCACCGGAUCCGGACUCGGAGCCGCGGCCAAGAAGAUGAGCAGCAGUGACUCCUCUCUCAUGGCUGGGAUCAUUUACUACAGCCACGAAAAGUACUUUCGCCAUGUGCAGCAGGCUGCAACUGUGGGCCUGGAGAAAUUCAGCAAUGACCCCGUGCUGCAUUUUUUCAAAGCCUAUGGAGUCCUCAGGGAAGAGCACAUCCAGGAUGCCAUCAGCAACCUGGAGAGCAUCCGGAAUCACCCAGAAGUGACCCUGUGUUCCAUCAUGGCGCUCAUUUAUGCUCAUAGGUGCUGUGAAACCAUUGACCAAGAAGCCAUUCAGGAGCUCGAGAGCAGCCUGAAGGAAAUCCGCAAGACAGCUAGCGGGUCUGCACUGUACUACGCUGGCCUCUUCCUCUGGCUCAUGGGACGCCAUGACAAGGCCAAGGAAUACAUCGACCGUAUGCUGAAGGUCUCCAGCAACUUCAGAGAGGGCUACGUGCUCAGAGGCUGGGUGGAUCUCACCUCAGAUAAACCCCACACUGUGAAGAAAGCCAUCAAGUACCUGGAACAAGGAAUUCAGGACAACAAAGAUGUGCUGGGGCUGAUGGGCAAGGCAACAUAUUUCAUGAUGCAGCAGAACUACACAGGGGCCCUGGAGGUGGUGAACCAGAUCACCCUUGCCUCGGGGAGCUUCCUGCCCGCCUUGGUCCUGAAGAUGCGGCUGUUCUUGGCUCGGCAGGACUGGGAGCAGACUGUGGAAACAGCACACAGAAUCCUAGAAAAAGAUGAAAGUAACAUUGAUGCCUGCCAAAUCUUAGCUGUGCAUGAGCUUGCAAGAGAAGGGAACAGGACCACAGCUGCUGAUCACAUCAGAAAUCUGAUUAAGGCACUAGAGAAAAGAGAGCCCCAAAAUCCAAGCCUCCAUCUUAAAAAAAUUCUUGUGGUUAGCAAACUGUGUGGGAGGCACCAGGCAAUGCUGCGACAAGUGUGUACCUUCAUUGAGCACACCUUCAUGGCCACACCCUCCUAUGGCAGUAUAGCCACAGAGCUGGGCUAUCUCUUCAUCCUGCAAGACCAGGUGAAGGAGGCGUCUCAGUGGUACUCGGAGGCCAUGAAACUGGAUGAAAACAGCCUGGCUGCCUUGACAGGCAUGAUCUGGUGCCAGAUCUUAGACGGUCACCUGGAGGAGGCCGAGCACCAGCUGGAGUUCCUGAAGGAGGUGCAGCAGUCCCUGGGCAAAUCUGAGGUGCUGGUUUUCCUCCAAGCCCUUCUGGCCUCCAGGAAGCACAUGGGGGAGCAGGAGGCCACCGGGCUCCUGAAGGAGGCGGUGGAGCUGCACUUCUCCAGCAUGCAGGGUCUCCCCCUGAGUUCAGAGUACUUGGAGAAACUGGACCCCCUCUUCCUGGUCUGCAUUGCCAGGGAGUACUUGUUCUUCUGCCCCAAGCAGCCCCGGCUGCCAGGGCAGAUCGUGUCCCCUCUUCUUAAACAAGUUGCCGUCAUCUUGAAUCCUGUGAUCAAGGCAGCACCAGCUCUGAUCGACCCCCUGUAUGUGAUGGCUCAAGUCAAGUAUCUCUCAGGAGAGCUAGAGAAUGCCCAGAGCACCCUUCAGCGCUGCCUGGAGCUGGACCCUACCUUUGUGGAUGCUCACCUCCUCAUGUCACAGAUCUACCUGGCUCAAGGCAACUUUACCAUGUGCUCCCACUCCUUAGAGCUGGGCGUCAGCCACAACUUUCAGGUUCGAGACCACCCCCUCUACCAUUUCAUCAAGGCCAGAGCCCUCAAUAAGUCUGGGGACUAUCCAGAGGCCAUAAAGACACUGAAAAUGAUCGGGAAAUUACCAACGCUGAAGACAGAAGGCAAGAAGUUCCGUGGGCCCUCUGUGCAGCCCCACGAGAGGGUCUCCAUCUUACUAGAACUGGCAGAUGCCCUCCGGAUGAAUGGAGAACUGCACGAGGCCACCAAGGUCAUGCAGGAUGCCAUCAACGAGUUCAGCGGCACGCCAGAGGAGAUCCGCAUCACCAUCGCCAAUGUGGACUUGGCCCUGAGCAAGGGGAAUGUGGACAUGGCUCUGAGCAUGCUGAGGAACAUCACACCUAAGCAGCCCUAUUACACAGAAGCCAAGGAGAAGAUGGCCAGCAUCUACCUGCAGACCCGCAAAGAUGUCCGCCUCUACAUAGGAUGCUACCGGGAGCUCUGUGAGCAGCUACCUGGCCCCCACACCAGCCUGCUGUUGGGCGAUGCUUUUAUGUACAUUCAGGAGCCCGAGAAGGCCCUGGAGGUCUACGAUGAAGCCUACAGAAAGAAUCCACACGAUGCCUCUCUGGUCAGCAGGAUUGGGCAAGCUUAUGUGAAGACCCAUCAGUACACCAAGGCAAUUAAUUAUUAUGAGGCCGCCCAGAAGAUUAGCGGGCAGGACUUUCUGUGCUGUGACUUGGCUGAACUUCUUCUGAAGUUAAAGAAAUUCAAUAAAGCAGAGAAAGUUUUGAAGCAGGCACUGGAACAUGACUCUGUCAAAGACAUCCCAUCCAUGAUGAAUGACGUCAAGUGCUUACUUUUGCUGGCAAAGGUUUAUAACAACCAUAAAAAAGAGGAUGUGAUGGAAACUUUGAACAAGGCUAUGGACCUCCAGUCUCGGAUACUGAAGCGUGUUCCCCUGGAACAGCCAGAAAUGAUCCCCUCCCAGAAGCAACUGGCAGCCUCCAUCUGUGUCCAGUUUGGAGAACACUACUUGGCAGAGAAGGAGUAUGCCAGGGCGGUGCGGUCAUACAAGGAUGCCCUCUCCUAUUCACCCACUGACAACAAGAUAGUGCUGGAGUUGGCUCGGCUCUCUCUGCUCCAGGGGCACCUGGACUUGUGUGAGGAGCACUGUGCCAUCCUCCUGCAGACUGACAAGAACCAUGAGACCGCCUCCGUGAUGAUGGCCGAUCUGCUGUUUAGAAAACAGAAAUAUGAAGCUGCCAUCAAUCUCUACCAUCAAGUCCUGGAGAAAGCGCCAGACAAUUUUUCAGUAUUGGAUAAAUUGAUCGAUCUGCUGCGAAGAAGUGGCAAACUUGAAGAUGCCCCACCCUUCUUUGAACUGGCCAAGAAGAUGUCCAGCCGUGUGCCUUUGGAGCCAGGAUUCAACUACUGCAGGGGCAUCUACUGCUGGCAUAUAGGACAGCCCAAUGAAGCCCUGAAGUUUCUAAACAAAGCACGCAAGGAUAGCACUUGGGGCCAGAGGGCCACCUACUAUAUGGUGCAGAUCUGUCUGAACCCUGACAAUGAGAUUGUGGGCGGAGAGGCUUUCACAAACCUUGUGGCUGAGAGCAACACCACCGAUAGGAAGGAGUUGGAGCAGCAUGGUGUGCGCACUGCUGAGAAGCUGCUGCGUGAGUUCUACCCACAUUCGGCCUGGGGCCAGACCCAGCUGCGCCUGCUGCAGAGCCUUUGCCUACUGGCCACCAAGGAGAAGACUAACAUGGAAGCAGCACUGGGCACCUUUAUCGAGAUGGCGCAGGCUGAGAGGGACAGCGUUCCAGCUCUGCUGGCCAUGGCCCAGGCGUAUACGCUGCUGAAGCAGGUCCCCAAGGCACGCACACAGUUGAAGCGUCUGGCCAAGGCCCCAUGGGUGCUGACCGAGGCUGAGGACCUGGAGAAAGGUUGGCUCCUGCUGGCGGACAUCUACUGCCAGGGUGGCAAGUUUGACCUCUCUUCUGAGCUGUUGCGGCGCUGUGUGCAAUACAACAAGUCCUGCUGCAAGGCCUAUGAGUACAUGGGUUUCAUCAUGGAGAAGGAGCAGUCCUACAAGGAUGCAGCCACCAACUACGAACUGGCCUGGAAAUACAGUCAUCAUGCCAACCCUGCUAUUGGCUUCAGACUGGCUUUCAACUACUUGAAGGAUAAGAGAUUCGUGGAGGCCAUCGAAGUCUGCCACAAUGUCCUCAGGGAACACCCCAACUACCCCAAAAUCAGAGAAGAAAUUUUGGAAAAGGCCCAAGGGUCUCUGAGGCCCUAGCUGUGGUCAAGAAGCAAUUUUGUUCCAAGGAAGAAAGACAUCAACCAGCUUAACUUCUGCUGGGCUUAUGGGCAGCUUUUAAUGGGUCCUACUUUUAUCUACAGCUAUGUUAGCCCACAAAUGCCUCCCCUCUUCUGGCUGGUCCCCAGAAUUCUGGAGCUAAAGAAGCAGUUGCUCCUCCCUAUCGCGCUACCCGCUGUGUCCUCCCUGGCGGUGGGCACAGACAGGAGACCAGCUGCAGAAGGCCCCAGAACUGCUGCACCACGGGACAGAGACCAUCACCCUGCAGGUCGCAAAGCCGCUGGUGCACCCUGCCCAUACAUUCUUUCUCCUCCUCCCUAGGACUUCAGCUGGCCUUGGCAGGUCUGGACCUAUUUGGGACUAAAUUGCCUGUCCAUAGGCUGGAAACACAUCCCAAGAACAAAUAGUUCCCACUUCAGCUUUUGUAAAAGACACUGAUGAACUAAUUCAUCCUCCAGAAAGCCUUUUAAUCCCUCAGGGGACAAAAGCAGUGGUCCCUGUUUAGAUGCAUGUUAAUUGUGCCAGCUGAGAGAGAUCACCUUUGUUGUUUUCCCAGUACCCCUCUCCCUGUUUUUCAGGAUGGCAGAAAUGGGCUAGUUGGGCCUCAGGGGAAGGAACCCCCACCUGGAGUGAGGAAGCCUAGAAUCCCCUGUGGCCUUCCUAAGACCCUUCCCUUCUCUAAGCCUGAGCCCCCAUCCCGGGGCAGGAAAUCCGAUUCGAUCUGUGUGUUCCCAAGUCAUGGUACAAAUCCCUGCCAGUGAUGUACAGCAAAUAAUUUAAUGUUUAAUAACUGUGUGUUUAAAUCACUCUUUUAUAGUUUGUAUUAUAUAAGAAAAACAUCUAGCACAGCAAAGUCAUGAAUUUGUGGAUGUUGUUCCACACAAGUUCUAACUUGUAAGCAUAUGGGCAUAAAGUAAAACACUUAGGGGGAAAGAAAUAAAGUAAAAUACUUUGUAUGAGUAGAAUGUAAAUAUGGCAUAGUUUUCAAGAGAAGUGACUAGGACUUGGGAGAGUAGGUGGGUAAGUGUCCCUUCUAGAGCAGCCCUAGUUGGCCUUGAUGGCUGCAGCCUUGUUUUUAUAGAGCUUUGUUUUUAUAACAUACUGCUGAUCACAUGUUUAGGUGGCCUGUAAGUAUGAGUCAGUGGUCUGGAACCUUCCUCCAGGUUCCUACCAUCAUUCCUAUGGGAAACCCUUCCCUAGGAUCUGCUUUACACUCCAGUUUCUUGAGGGGGGUUGCAUUGAAAGGCAGGUAGUUUGUAUGGUAGAUGAUGCUGUAACAAUUGUGCAUUAAUCACAUAUUUAUUACUGCGAAAUCUACUGUCUUCAUUUUUUAA